AUGGGAGUGAAUGACUUGUGGCAAAUUUUGGAGCCUGUUAAACAACCCAUCCACUUGCAUAAUCUUUGUGGGAAAACCAUUGCAGUUGAUCUGAGUCUCUGGGUAUGUGAAGCCCAGACAGUCAAAAAAAUGAUUGGAGCAGUCAUGAAGCCCCACCUCAGGAACUUGUUUUUUCGUAUCUCAUAUUUAAUGCUAAUGGAUGUAAAACUGGUGUUCGUUAUGGAAGGGGAACCACCAAAGCUGAAAGCCGAUGUCAUAAGCAGGAGGAAUCAGAUUCGGUAUGGGCCUUCUGGAAAAACAUGGUCUCAGAAAACAGGGAGAUCACAUUUUAAAUCAGUCUUAAAAGAGUGCCUUGAUAUGCUGGAAUGCUUAGGAAUUCCCUGGGUCCAAGCGGCUGGGGAAGCGGAGGCCAUGUGUGCUUAUCUCAAUGCCAGCGGCUAUGUGGACGGCUGCCUCACCAACGACGGGGACGCUUUCCUGUAUGGAGCCCAGACCGUUUACAGGAAUUUCACCAUGAAUACCAAGGACCCACAUGUUGAUUGUUACACAAUGCCAUCGAUCAAGAGUGAACUGGGUUUGGAUAGAGAGGCUCUGGUUGGACUGGCAGUACUACUUGGCUGUGAUUAUCUUCCCAAGGGAGUCCCUGGCGUCGGAAAAGAGCAAGCAUUAAAACUUAUACAGAGCUUGAAAGGGCAAAGUUUACUUCAAAGGUUUACUCAGUGGAAUGAAAAAUCUUCUUGCUCUGAUCCACAACCACUAGUUAUUAAAAAACUGGCCCAUUGUUCUGUGUGUUCCCAUCCAGGUUCACCUAAGGAUCACGUACGUAAUGGCUGCGAACUGUGUAAAACGGAUCGAUAUUGUGAACCACAAGAUUAUGAAUACUGCUGUCCUUGUGAGUGGCACCGUGGAGAGCGUGAUAGACAACUAAGUGCAGUUGAGAACAGCAUUAAAAAAAAAGCUUGCAGUUGUGAAGGAUUCCCAUUCCAUGAGGUUAUUCAAGAAUUCCUUUUGAACAAGGAUAAAUUGGUGAAGGUUAUCAGAUACCAAAGACCUGAUUUACUAUUGUUUCAGAGAUUUACUCUUGAAAAAAUGGAGUGGCCCAAUCAUUAUGCAUGUGAGAAAUUGUUAGUGCUUUUGACCCACUAUGACAUGAAAGAAAGAAAGCUUGGUAGAAGAAAUUCUAAUCAACUACAGCCAAUUCGAAUUGUUAAAACCCGAAUCAGAAAUGGAAUUCGUUGCUUUGAAAUAGAAUGGGAAAAGCCUGAACAUUACACUAUGGAAGAUAAACAUGGAGAAUUGGUUCUAAAAACAGUAGAAGAAUUAUCGUUGUUUGAAGCAGCUUAUCCUGAGAUUGUUGCUGUUUACCAAAAUCAAAACUUGGAAAUGAAAGGGAAGAAACAAAAAAGCUUGAAAACUAAGCAUAAAGAAAACAAUUGGCCAAAAUCAGAUAAUAUGAGUUUCCAGUCACAGAUGACUUUAAAUCCCACAUAUGACAUCUUUUCUAAGCAGAAUUCCAAGUUAAAUUUGGAAGUUACCCCUCAUUGUGCAUUAUCGCAGAAAUCUAUUUCUGCAUCAUUGAAUAGCUUGCUCUUACCUGAAGCUACCCCUUGUUUGAAUACACAAGAACAUUUAAUAUCUUCUCCAAGACCUUUGGCCAUGCAGCAAAUUACAACUGUCAGUAAGUCUCUAGUUCCAGAAUCUAGUCAACCUAGUACCUCAUCGGCGAUUGCUGAUCUACACUUAAGCACCAUUGACUGGGAAGGUACUUCUUUUAGUAAUUCUCCAGCUAUUCCAAGGAACACUUCCUCUCAUGAUUUAAAAUCAGAACUUGAAACAGCCAUCCCUGAAAAUUUUAAAAACAUCUCAGAACAAUUGUCAUAUGCAUCAGAAUGGUAUACCACAAACAUUAAGAAAGUGUUGGAUCGAGAUCUGCAAAAGACUGAUCCUGAAGAAUGUCUGCUUUCUGGUAUUACUGAUUUACAUCUCCAGGAUUUGCCUUUAAAGGAACGAAUACGUAUAAAAUCAUCAUAUCCUCAGGAUAAUGCACAACCAAAUGUCAACCUGAAAACUUUGUCCCUUGUUACCAUAAAAGAUUCCUGUGUUGCUAACGAUGGUUCUGAUUGUCCAUCACAUCUUUCAAAAGAUCUUCUAGGAAAUCAUUUGCAAAAUGAGUCUAGAAAAUCUCAAGUUCUAAAAGGAGACCAGCUAUUUCAAGACAGCUAUAAAAUGAAUACUUAUAUACCUUAUUCUGUCAAUAAACCAAUAAUAGUAAAGACCUCCAGCAUUGGUCCACCAAAUACUGCUUUAGAUUAUAAUAGAAAAGCUGAUGUGCAAACCACUCAGAAAAGUGUGAGGACGAAGAGUGUUUGCCUGGACAGACUUUCCUCUGAUGAAGAAAGUGUCCCAGUGAUUGGGAAAGCUAAAUACACACCUCAAAAAGUGAAGCCUGCUUCUCAGAAGCAUUACCCAGCCCCGUUCAAGAAAGCUGAUGCCAAGAAGUUGCAUAACCCUAAAAUACAUAGUAAAGAAACUGAGCAGUGUGCCCAGGCAUAUGAAACAGCUGGAAAUGAAGAAGUCGAUUUCCCAGCUAAAGGUUCUCUUAGUUUUCUACAGCAUUCUGAGGACAAAGGCGACUGUGGUACUUGUUUGGAUAGCCCUCUUCCUUUAUGUCAAAGAUUAAAACUAAGGUUCCAAAACUCUUGAAAUGAAAUUAAAAAUAUUUAAGUAUAACUUAGUAUCUUAGUACCAUAAGCACUAGCAGAGGCAGAGACAGAAUCUCUACAUUUGGCAUAAAAAUGUAAUGCAGUUCUGUAUGUCAUAAGACACUUUUCAUUUUAGUUAAAAUUGUAAUAAAAAGCAUUACCUAAAACUUUGGUUUUAAAAGAUGAUCCUUGUGGUAAAGACUUUAGAUAAUGUAUAUUUCUAAAACAUACUUCUGCCAUUCUU